AUGGGAGGACAGACCUCAGAAGCAAAUCUCUCCCUUUUAUGGGAGAAUGCUGAGAAGAGCUAUCAUCAGGAUCUUGCUAGUGACAAGGAAUUUGCCAAGAUACUCGAGACUAGAAGCCUCGAGGAGCUUCUUGCAGACACCCAUGUCCUACAGCCAGUUGAUCCCUUCGACAGAGAACUUCCAUGCACAAUCGAUCGACUCGAGCCAGCAUUCAAAUUGUUGAGUGAUUUCUUAGUGAUACUGAAAAUGUCAUAUGGCGCGGAUUCGGCUCAAACCGCGCUAGUAUGGGGUAGUAUACGAGUGAUUUUGACGCUAGCGUCCACCGCAGACAGCAUUUUGCAAGACAUAUUCGACAUGGUUGAAGAGCUGGCCUUGACACUACCGCGUCUGAAGUGCUGCGAGCACACCAUCUCAAUGGAUGCGGAUAUGGAAAUCGCACUGCUGGCCCUUUACCAAGAGUUCAUUUGCUUCUAUGCCCGCACCAUCCGUAUUUUUCGGGAUUGCCGGCACUCGUUUCUGUUGCGCAGCUCAUGGCCCACCCUCCGUGCUGACUUUCACCGAACCAUCCAACGAGCCAAGCGUCUGUCUAGCGAUAUCGAGCGCGAGGUCGACCUCAGUAGAGUGCAACUGGACAAUGAGAAAUACCGUGUUGUGCUCGACUUUAUGGCGGAGUUGAAAACUCAGAGGUCGAAGAAUGUCAACCAAGUUGCCCACUACCUCCCUUUCGCAGAAUGCUCUCAUUUCUAUGGUAGAGAUUAUAUUCUCCGCCUGAUCGAUGAAGCGCUGUUCGUGUAUCCUUCUACUCGCUCACUUCGAUCCUUCGCGUUAUAUGGCAUGGGAGGAGUUGGAAAGACACAGAUUGCAUUGAAGUACGCCAACGCGUCGCGUGAGAAAUUCGAUGUUAUAUUAUGGAUUUCAGCCGAGAAUCCGGUAACAAUUUGGCAGAGCUUUCGAAGGAUCUCCAAGAUACUUGAUUUGAUUGAACCAGACACAGAGCUGGACGAGUAUGCGAUCAUAGUUAAAGUCAAGGACUGGCUAUCAGCCGCAAAGUCCCGCUGGCUCCUUAUAUAUGACAAUGCUGAUGACUUGAGCCUAAUCAAGCACACUUGGCCUGCAGGAUAUGGAGGGUCUGUGCUGGUUACCAGCCGAGACUCGACAGCGCCCUUGUACCCCGCCUCGGCAGGUUGUCAGGUACCUGCUUUUGAUACAGAGGAUGGAACUGCCGCAUUGCUCGACAUACUCGGACUGGAUUCCGAGUCUACCUCGCACCAAGCCGAAGCUAAGCUAAUCACUUCAAAGCUUGGAGGUCUGCCUCUCGCGCUCAACCAGAUCGGUGGAUUCAUUGCCCAAAGGAAAAUGCCCCUCGAGGAUUUCCUCGCCUUCUACGACCGAAAUUCGCUUAGUGUGGAUGAAACUGGAUCGGAAAGCAUGGAUUCCAGUCAUACGCUUGCAACUGUGUGGGAAAUGGCGCUGAGCCAGCUUUCGCCGAAUGCUAAGGUCCUGCACAUGAUUCUAUCCUUCCUGGAUCCCAACGGUAUAGACGAGUCGGUCCUUAAAAACGGUGCGAAUAGGGCAAAUGACCCAGCCUUGCGGUUCAUGGUAGAUGAGAUAGAAUUUUUGGAUACCCAGAAAGAACUCCUCCAAAGAUCCCUUAUAGACAAAUCUAGUGAAAGCGGACUUAUAUCCAUGCAUCGUCUUGUUCAGCUCGCUGUCAUACGUCGAAUGAGCACCGAAGAGCGAGAGGGGACAUUUUUGCUCGCCAUGGCAAUCGUCGCCGAAAUCUUCCCAGAUACAUACAGUGCAGACAUAGGUCACCAGGUUGCCUCCUGGAAGGAUUGCGAGAAGAGUCUAUCCCACGUUGGGAGCAUUGUGGACAAAGGUGGUGAAUUCAAGAUUUUUGAAGAGAGGAAUCAACGGUUUGCAGAGCUUCUGCUCCGCUGCUCCUGGUAUCUCUAUGAGAAAGAGAACUACAGUCUUGCCCGUUCAUACGUCGAUAUUGCUCUGAAGAAAUUUAUAGAAAAGGACUCUCUGACGUACGCGAGUGCAGUGGAUCUUGGAGGUUUAAUCGAUCUUGACAUUUGCCAUCCCUCGGCUGCGUUGAAGGCCUUCGAGCAAGCAUACAAAAUACGUAAAUCCGUCCUUCCGAGUGAUGACUUGUUCCUGGCGGCCAAUCAGGUCAACCUAGGUCUUGCUCUCACUGAGAUUGGCGAGUUUGAAAAGGCUCAUGGCUAUUUCAAGCAGUCAAUCGAUAUCCGGAUCAUGCACAGCAGUGACAGAAUUGGUAACUCCUACAGCAACAUGGCCAGUUUGCUGCUGAGGAUGGGAAAGCCCGACGACGCUGAAGCUAUGCUCAAGAGUUGCCCAUCAUUAAAGGACUUUUCAGAUGAGACAUUUCUCCAGACCGGAAAUCCUAGAUUCUCUGGGUCGGUUCUCCUUGUGAACCCGAAGUCUAUGAUCGGAACUAACGUCGUCCAGGGAUAUGGUGCUAUUGAGCAGAAUCAGUUUGCAUCCAAGGCCUUAAGUUUCCGAAGGAAAUACUGCAACGAGCGGCUCAAGGUCUGCGACUCGCUUUAUCAGGUAUCGGUUCUUCAUCACGAGACAGGGGAGUUGGAACUUGCUCAACAACUACUCCAAGAGUGUAUCGUGAUAUCUGAAGCCCUUCCCCAGGCUGAGGGCCUAGGGCAUCUCGCACGCGCAAACUACAAGGCAUCACAGGUCCUGGAAGGCCUGGGAAACCUCGAGGAAAGUGCAUUGCAUCUAGAGAAGGCAAUAGAUAUACGCGGAGAGCUUACGAAGCCGGACGGAGAUUACGUCCUUGUAAACGGGGUUGACUCCGAUUUCGAUAAUCUGGUCCCGUGGAUGCUGUGGUGA